GGUCGAAUUUAUAGAAUACGCUCUUCUGGGGAAGAUGCUUAGAGGCACUCAGGAUGGUCCAGCGUUUGACAUACCAUCACAGGCUUUCCUACAGUACAGCCUCCAACAAAACCAGGCUGUCUGGAACCCCUGGCAACAGCAUUGUUUACCUUUACUACCUUUACACCAAGAAGGUUGGGAAGGCACCUAAAUCAGCGUGUGGCCUGUGCCCAGGCAGACUGCCAGGGGUUCCCGCUGUGAGACCCAAAGUCCUUAUGAACUUGUCUAAGACAAAGAAGCCCGUCAGCAGGGCCUGUGGUGGCUCCAUGUGUGCCAAGUAUGUCCGUGACAGGAUCAAGCCGGUUUUCCUUAUUGAGGAGCAGAAAAUUGUUGUAUAA